UAUAUCAUCAACAGAAAAAAUAAAAAAAAUAUUGAUAAUCUACCGAUUUACAGCACAGGAGAACAUAUCUGCUGCCUCAACAUCCAACCAGACCAACAGAAUGGCCUCUGUGAGUGGGAACAACUGGUACAGGGUGCCUACCCUGAUGAAGUCAUGUCUUGAGGGUGUGGUACAGGGUGUCUCACACAACAUGUCUGGAAUCUCAACUCUUCCAAAUAGUGUCAAAGAUCGCCUAAUGAUCCUCAUGAGCAAGCGUGGCUUACUCAAUGAUGAUAAUCUUGGAUUGAUUCUUACAAAAUCUGUUGUUACAUUAGAUCUCAGUGAGUGUGAUGUUAGUGAUAUUGGUUUAGAGAAAAUUGCUGUAUGUACGCAAUUAAGAAAACUUGACCUCAACUCUGCUAAGGAAAGCAGAACCACAAUUACAUCUAACGGAGUUAGUGUUAUUGCUGCAGCAUGUCACAACCUCCAAGUGGUGUAUUUACGUCGUUGUCUGACUAUGACUGAUCCAGGAGUCGUUGCUCUAGCCACCAACUGUCCACGUCUGCGUGAAUUAAACAUUGGAGGCUGUACACAAAUCACUGAUGUCUCCCUCCAUGCACUUGCUAACUGUAAAUAUUUAGAAUGUAUCAACAUUGCCAACACUGAUAUCACAGACAAUGGAGUCAUUGCACUAGCAAUGGGAAGCUGUGCCAAAGCCCUCAAGGAAGUUCAUAUGGACCACUGUAAGAAUAUCACAGAUGAGUCUAUAGAGGGCCUCCUGCAGAUGUGCCCCAGAAUUAACAUUCUGCUCUUCCAUGCAUGCCCUAAAGUCACUGAACAAUCCAGGGUAGCACUAGAAGAGAUGCUCCAACAAUCUGGUGAAUCCAAGAAAGUGAAACAGAUCACGUGGACAGUAUAUUGAAUUCCUUACUGU